UACUAUUAUAUUACCCGCAGCAGAUUUUUUUUUUGUUCAUUUAGCUAAAACAUUUUUGUCCUAACAUAUAUAAAUCAACAUGAUCCACAGGGGGCUUUGGCUACACAAUUUGGUUCAAUCUUAUAGAGUUGGUUCUUCUUCAUCUUCCUCCACUUUAUUCAAGCUCGUAUAUCGUUAUAAUAGCUCAACGUCUCUUGCAAAAUCUUCAUUAAAACAAUCAUGUGAAUUAUCUUGUAAGAGUAAUACUGAGCCAAGCAAUAUGGAUUGGGAUAAGCUAGGAUUUAAGCUAAUGCCAACUGACUACGUGUAUUCGAUGAAAUGCUCCAACGAAGGAAAUUUUGAACAAGGACGAUUAGAAUUACAUGGCAACAUUGAGUUGAGUCCUGCUGCAGCUGUUUUAAAUUAUGGACAGGGAAUAUUUGAAGGGACAAAAGCAUAUAGGAAAGAAGAUGGAAGCUUGCUUCUUUUCCGUCCAGACCAAAAUGGAGUUCGAAUGAGGAUUGGUGCCGAAAGGAUGUGCAUGCCUUCUCCCUCUGUUGAUCAAUUUGUUGACGCUGUCAAGCAAACCGCCAUCGCUAAUCGGCGCUGGGUGCCACCAAGUGGAAAAGGAUCGCUUUACAUUAGGCCUUUGCUGAUGGGAACCGGUGCUGUGUUGGGGGUGGCCCCAGCUCCGCAAUACACUUUCCUUGCCUAUGCUUCUCCCGUUGGCAACUAUUUCAAGGAGGGUUUGGCACCAUUGAGAUUAUAUGUUGAGGAUGAGUUUGAUAGAGCAUCUCCUGGUGGAACUGGAUUUGUAAAAACCAUUGGGAACUAUUCCCGAUGUUUGGCAGCACUUAGCAGAGCAAAGAAUAAAGGAUUUUCUGAUGUGUUGUUUCUGGAUUCGGUUCAUAAGAAAUAUGUAGAGGAGCUCUCUAGCUGUAAUAUAUUUAUUGUCCAGGGAAAUCAAAUUUCAACGCCUGCUGCAAAUGGUACCAUACUUUCAGGUGUAACUCGAAGUAGCAUCAUUGAGAUUGCACGUGACCAUGGUUUCAAGGUUGAGGAGCGUAAGAUUGCAGUGGAUGAAUUGAUGGAAGCAGAAGAGGUAUUUUGUACUGGAACAGCUGUUGGUGUUGCUUCUGUUGGUUCCAUUACAUAUCACAACAAAAGAGUCGAAUUUAAAACAGGUUCUCAGUCAGUGUCCCAGAAAUUCUACUCAACUCUCAUUGGUAUUCAAACGGGUGUUGUUGAGGAUAAGAAGGGGUGGAUCGUUGAGAUUGAUUAGAGAAAGAAAAAAAAAAUAUAUAUAUAUAUAUAUAUAUAUAUAUUCAAACCAUAUCAGAAAUGUACACGACAAGAAAUAUUGGAAAGAUUUACAUGUCAGUUUUAAUAUAAAUGAAAUAGUAUAUAUCUCAAAUAUAUUAAGAGAAUAAAAUAAAAAUUUGAUCCGUGUCAAAUUUAAGUAGUGUUUUUAGGAUAAAAAUUAUAAAAGGAUGUUUUUUGGAAAA